AUGUCGACGGAUGAUCUUCGAGUCGGCGUGAAUAAUACCAUUCUAUCAGCAGCAGCAGGUGAUACCAAAACAAUCACUAGCAAUAGCAAGGUAGAAAUUAAAAUUGGCAUUUUACUCCAUAACGAUACAAGGCCGGGAUUAUCAGGUGUCCAAAUAGCAGUAAACGAAAUAAAUCAAUGGAAUAUCAUUCCAGGCGCAUUCGUGACAUUGAUAGAAAAAGACGCUGUCGACAAUCAACCAAUAGAACAGGAUCAAUUCUCCUCUCAUGCUAUCUCACAAGCCAUUGACUCGGUAGUGUCUUUGAUUCAGCACGGUGUCAUUGGUAUCAUUGGAGAUGUCUCCAAUUCAUUUACUACGUUAUCCGCCCUAAUGACGGGCACAUUGGAGAUACCACAAUGUUCCUAUUCAGCAACUGCGGGUAAAUCUGUGCACUUGAACGAAUGCACAGAGCUCUCACCACACACUCCAUACAGCGUCCCUGGCAGAUAA